AAGGUUUCAAUCAAUCAAAUAUUCAAGCAUCAUGUUCAACUUCAGUUUACUGUUCUUUUUUGAGAUCCUCUUGAUCUCCACCACCACCACCACCGCACAACCAUACAAAGCCACUGAUCGCGUCUUCCUCAACUGCGGUUCAUCCAGCCCUUCGAACACCAAUUUGGAUGUGAGAUGGGAAGGCGACCAGCGUUCCAAAUUCGUGCCUUCUAACAUCACCACCACCUCCUUCUCAUCAACCCCUGAUCACCUAGAUUCCUCAGUACCCGAAAUCCCUUAUUCCACCGCUAGAAUUAUUAAUUCUUCUUCAUUUACCUACAUAUUUCAUGUCACCCGCGGCCCGAAAUUCCUCCGUUUACAUUUCUAUCCGGCCGCCUACUCCAGUCUCGACGCCAAACAAUUUUUCUUCUCUGUAUCAUCCAAUGGCCACUCUCUUUUAACCAACUUCAGCGCUUUCCUAGCCGUCUCCUUUCUGAGAAACACCCACACCACCGACGCACGAAUUCUCAAAGAAUUCCUCAUCAACGUAAAUGAUGCGCAAAAGCUAAACGUUACCUUUACACCCUCACCAAAUUCAUACGCCUUCAUCAAUGGUAUUGAGAUCCUUUCAAUGCCGGAAAAUCUGUAUUUUCAGGCUACGACACCUAAAUACAUUAAUCAGGUGACAGGACCUGUUAUUGAUAGCGAUACCGCACUUGAAAAUAUUUACAGGCUUAACAUGGGUGGGGGACAGAUAACUGGUAACAACGAUACUGGUAUGUACAGGUCAUGGGAUCAAGAUAAUAACUACAUAUAUGGAGCUGCAAUUGGGUUGACGCCUCUUUAUAAUAAUCCGAUCAUGUAUACUACUGAAACGCCCAAUUAUACCGCUCCUGAGCUAGUUUAUCAAACACAGAGGAGUAUGGGCAAUCAGUCUGACAAGUACAAUCUGACUUGGAUACUUCCAGUUGAUUCUGGGUUUUAUUACAUGCUCCGUCUCCAUUUUUGUAACAUUAUACCAAAAUACACAAAACCUGGUCAGGUUCUCUUUACGAUCUUCAUUAAUAAUCAAACUGCUGAGGAGGAAGUUGAUCUAUUCCACUGGACAAAAGGAAGCGGGUAUCCUGUAUUCAAGGAUUAUAUAGUGUUUGUCCAUGACCGAGAUGGCAGUAGAAGCAAGCAAGAUUUGUGGUUAGCGAUGCAUCCUAACACCAAUUAUGAAGCAUAUGGUGAUGCUUAUUUGAACGGUUUGGAAGUGUUUAAGCUGAGCGAUGACAAAAGUCUAGCUAACCCAAACCCUGAACUUACUCCUGCAACCAAACCAACAGGGCUGAUACCAACCCAAAUAAAGAGCAAGAAAAAUCCUCCAUAUGCCGCGAUAAUUGGAGGAAUUGGAGGAGCGUUUGUCUUGUUGUCUAUUUUAAUUCUUCUAGUUUUCCAGCAACGAAGGCGGGUCAAACACUAUGAUGCUGCCGACGACAAGUCAUCAUACGGACCAGCUUGUAGCGAGUCCAGAUCUACAAGGUCCACCCAUUCAACGCUCCCAUCCGAUCGAUGUCGUCGUUUCUCACUUACAGAAUUGAAAGCAGCUACUGAUGAGUUUGAUGACAUUUUCAUCAUAGGCAAUGGAGGGUUUGGUAAGGUAUACAAAGGGCAUAUUGACAUUGAUAAUGCUAAAACUAUUGUUGCAAUCAAACGGCUCGACGCAUCAUCAACACAAGGCUUUCAAGAGUUCCAUACAGAAAUUGGGCUGCUAUCUAAACUACGCCAUGUCCAACUAGUCUCCCUGAUUGGAUACUGUGAUGAUGAGGGAGAGAUGAUACUUGUGUAUGACUAUAUGGCGCAUGGCACUCUGCGAGAACAUCUUUACAAGACAAACAAGCCUCCUCUGUCAUGGAAAAGACGUCUUAAUAUCUGCAUCGGCGCAGCCAAAGGGUUGCACUAUCUCCACACAGGUGCAAAGCGUGCAAUAAUUCAUCGGGAUGUCAAGUCCACAAAUAUCUUACUGGAUGAAAAUUGGGUUGCUAAAGUGUCUGAUUUCGGUUUGUCAAAGAUAGGCCCCAGAGACCAAGCAAAAAUCCAUGUUAGCACGGUGGUGAAGGGUAGCAUCGGGUAUGUGGAUCCCCAAUAUUACCGAACGCAACAACUCACAGAUAAAUCUGACGUCUACUCGUUUGGAGUUGUUCUGCUUGAAGUGUUGUGUGCAAGACCUGUUAUGAUUCCCUGGCUACCUAAAGAACAAGUUAGUUUGGCGGAAUGGUGGAAGUUUUGUUAUCGGAAGGGGACCAUGCACAAAAUAAUUGAUCCGGAACUAAGGGGUGUGAUUGCACCAGAGUGUUUAAGGCAGUUCGGAGUGGUGGUGGUUAGUUGCUUGAGCGAUCAUGGCAGUGAUAGGCCAACGAUGGACGAAGUAGUUUGGGGACUAGAGUUUGCAUUGGAGCUACAAGAAGGUUCUGAGAAAACAGAUGCAGAGGCAACCAACAUAACAGAUGAGGAUGUGCUCACGGAAUCAGCCCCAAUAAGAAAUGGGGCGCAAUCGCUUAGUAGCAGCUAGGACGGAUUUGAGUCCGCAACAGCCCUCUUUGAGAUUUUGAAGCCAGCACCGGUGACACCAACAACCAAUCAAUCUUUCAUAGGAUUUCGUAGUAGAUUAAUUUUGUCAGUCAAUGUAAAUUUUGAUUUUGAUGAUUGUAUCAAUAGAAAAGUGAUUUUAAGAAGUA